AUGUUUGCGUCUAACCUCCUGUUCCCCUCCCUUUCUAUACGUUGCGCUACAGAUAAGCCAUACCAGCCCUCAGAGAUGGUGUGCAGAGCGCCGGCGCAGUUCGUGAAGAGGCCCGACACGGGAGGCGCCGGCACUCUCAUCGACCUCAUCGUCAACCACUUCCGGCUGGUGAUCAAAGACAUCGUCGUAUACCACUAUCACGUGGAGUUCGAGUGCAGUAACCGCCCGCUGGGACAGGCGGUCGCCUCGGCUCCCGGUGCCGCCGGUGGCGGUGAUGGGGAACGGGAGUCGAAGGCCAAGACCCGGAAGUUGCGGCAAAAGGAGAACCGAUUGGUGUUCGCGGCGUUUAUGGACAAUAAGCCCGACCUGUUUGGCUAUCAGGAGGCAGGAGUGCAAAAGCUCCAGAAGCCGGUGUUCGACGGCAACUCCAAUGUCUAUACGAAACGCCUGCUCAGCGGACUGGCCACCGAUGGCGAGUACUCGUGUAGUAUAUCCGUGGAAAUGGAUGGCAAACCACAGCACGUGAAAGUGACCAUUAAGUACACGCAGUCUAUCGAUUUGAGUGCUAUUAACCUCUACUACGACGGCCAGUCGGAUAACGUGCCCCGGGAGGCCAUGCAGGCGCUGGAUAUCAUACUGAGGUACGGGCCCACCACCGACCGAAUACCUAUCGGCAACUCCCUGUACCCCAAGUGGGAGACAUGGAAUGGUAGGGACAACAGCCGCGUGGACAUCGACGACGCCGGCAACAAACAGGUGGUGUUCGGCCACUACCAGAGCACCCGACUCACCAAAAUGGGUCCCACAAUACUGGUCGACCGGUCGGCCACCGCCUUCUUUGCCGGCGGAACUCUACUCGACUUUAUGCGGCGCCUGAAGGACAGGAUACCUGUCCACCGACGCCAAGACGACAGAGCGGUCAACGACUCGCUGCUCAGAGACGCUAAAGGCCUACGGGUGUACACCAAUCACUUGGGCUACAAGAGGUGUUACACCAUAAAAGGGCUGUCAGUACUGCCGCCCCAUAAGCAGACCUUCGAGUACGACGACGAUGGCGGACGCAAAGUGAAGACUACAGUGAAAGAGUACUUCCAGAAGGCGUACCCCAAUGUGGCCGUAAACGAUAGGGAGUUCCCGUGUCUCAUACCGCAGGCCAAUAAGACUAUAUACCUGCCGAUGGACGCCUGCUACCUUUUCCCGGAUCAGCCCGUGUCCAGAGGCAAACUGGACGCGUAUAACACGUCCAAAAUGGUGCGCGAGUGCGGCACCAAAUCUCCCGCUGAACGCUUUGACGCCAUUAUGGACGCCGUGACCACAAUCAAGGCGGCGUCGGAACGGUAUCUAAUGGAGUUCAACCUGGACAUCGACACCCAUCCCGUGCAGAUACCGGGCCGCGUACUGAACCCGCCGGCCACGAAGGGCCUGGACCGUCGCCAGGGGCUGGCUAUGCACCGGGCGAUGGCGCUGAGACACUGGGUGUUAGUGAAUCUGUGCGAGCGGUUCGUGGACGACAGGUCCGUCGCGGGGUUCGUGAGCGGACUGUGCGGACAGGCGGCCCGGGCCGUGGGCAUGACCGUCGAGCAGCCGACGAAGGUGUUCCGGUACGACCGCACCGGCCCUCGAGAUAUCGCUAAUAUCUUUGUGGGCGCGAGGACUGAGUGCCGCCGAAAGGGAGGCGCCCUUCAGAUGAUACUGUUUGUCAUACCCGACGAUAGUGUCAUAUAUAACGCUAUUAAACACGUGGGCGACUGUAAUGAGGGUAUAGUCACGCAGUGCGUGAAGUCCAAGAACGUCGCCCGUCCGCCGAAAGGAGGCGUUCAGUCGAACUUAUUAUUGAAAAUCAACACAAAAUUGGGAGGAAUUAACCGCAUUCUAGACCAACGACCCGACAAACCGGAAGUCCUACGCAAACCCAAUUGGCGGGUAAUGAUUAUCGGCGCCGACGUCACA